GUGGCAAGACAGCGCGGGUUAUUAGAACGCCUCUUCUACCGUUAAAAUAUGAGCAUUUUAGCGUCGAGGUAGUGACGUACUCUAUCCGCUCUUUUUUUUUUUCAGAUGAGCCCUACGGCUGUCUUCUAAUUUCCAAAGAGCCAAACGUUUCAUUUUUUCCCUUUACCCAUCGGCAUUGACUGCGCAUGGGCGGCAAUCAUACGUGCUUCUGUCACGAAACAGACGCUAGUGCUCCAGAGGCGCCCAAACAGCCAUGGCUGAAGAAAGUAACAGUGGACACACGCCUCCUGCGUUUAACUUCGACGACGAAGCAAUGCCGAGCACAAGCCAGGAAUUCUUCGAAGGCGCUUCGGGCACUUCAGACUGUAGCACUACGAUUUGCGAUGACUCCUUCGAAGACCUGUGGAACGCGAUGAACAGCCACAACGAUGCCACGGACGUCACUGGCCAUACACAUCUCACUGAAAGCGGAAUCGCCAGUGCCCAACCUGCGGAGUUCAGGAGCAGCGUUGAAUAUGCACAGACCAGUACAAGCCGCGCAGGCAUGGAGGAAGCAUCGGUCAUUCCGGGAAACAUUGCUAGCAUUUCUGGCGAUGCCUGGCGUUACCAGUGGAACACUCAUCAAAGGCCAAUAACCGACGGUACUUACAACGUCGACGGUGUGACUGACAAUGGCAACACGAGUUACCUGCACCUGGGGUCCAGCACCAGCAUUGAUCACGCAAUGCCCAGCACAAGCCGCACAGGCAUGGAGCAAGCACCUGCCAUUACAGAAGGCGGCGCCAGAAUUCCUGAGACAACCCGUGUUGACAAAGCGAACACGCAAUACCACCUGGCUGAUAGCACAUACACCGACUGCGGUAGGUGCGGGAAUGUUUUCGGUCACUGGUAUACCAUGCCUUGCCGUCAAGGACAUACGCACAACACAGAAACCGGGAGCACUUCUUUCACACAUCUGGUCUAUAGCAGCAGCCCAGUCGCCAGUACAAGCUACGCCCACAUGGAGGAACGAUCGAACAUUUUUGGAAACGACGCCUGGAACGCUACUGGAACUGGAGGAAGGGGAGGGCGAGAAUUCUGCGAUUUUACUGGCAAUGUUUCGAGCAAACAGGAUGCCUCACAUGGGCAUGCCGACGGAGACACGGGCGAUGCCGCCCACAUUUUCAAAGCAUCCGAACUAACGUCUGUAAAGAAUUCGAAGUUCGUAAAACACUGCCGGAACACAACAGGCAAACAACACAAGUGCGAAACGUGUGGCAAAUCAUUCGGCCAGGCUUAUAAUCUGACUCUACAUAGCCGCACGCACACGGGCGAGAAACCUCACAAAUGCGAUAUUUGUAAUAGAGAGUUCAACCAGUCUGCUCAUCUAACUAAACAUAAGCGCACUCAUACAGGCGAGAAACCCCACAAAUGCGAUAUUUGUAAUAAAGCGUUCACCCAGUCUAGUCAUCUAAAUGAACAUAGGCGCACGCAUACAGGCGAGAAACCGCACAAAUGCGAUAUUUGUAAUAAAGCGUUCACCCAGUCUAGUCAUCUAAAUAAACAUAAGCGCACGCAUACAGCCGAGAAACCCCAUUAAUGCGAUAUUUGUAAUAGUGUUCCGCCAGUCUUCUCAUCUAAAUGACCAUAAGCCCACACAUGCAGGCGAGAAACCGUACACUUGCGAAGCAUUUAGUAAAUCACUCGUGCGGAUGACGGAUCUCUGUAGGUACCAGUACGCUCACACGGACGAGAGGCCCAAUGUAUGCCCCAAAUCUACUACACCACUUGAAACAAAACAAGAACUCAGGCGUCAUCUCAACAUCCCUUGUAGUGACAGAGCUUUCGUUUGCAAAUUAUGUAAUGAAUCGUUUUUAGACAACUCACGUCUCAGUCAUCACCGCCAAAGCAUACACGGGGACAAAACACUGUCUGGGUCAUAUCACUACACCGAGAAAGAAACCCUUGACGGAUACCUGUGCCAGAAUAAUACUUGCUACUUAUGCGGAGAUUCAUUUGGAGACGAAGUUAGACUAACUGCGCACCUCGUGACACAUAGGGAUGGGCAGCCGUAAUAUUCUCACUAGCACGCAAGUAAAUCACCCACGGCUUUUGCAUAACAACGUGACAGUGAAGUAUUGCUGGGAAACAACGCUGACACACUUUCACAGGAGUGAGAAACUAACCAAACGUACCUGUGCAAAGGCCGGCUUCUUUUUACAUUUAAAACUGUCUAGUAAAAUGCAUGAUGUGAUCGAUGCCAUCUGGUUUUUCAAAAUUACGAGACAAAACGUCGUCGCCAGGAGUAUUUGGGGUGCUUCAAGGUGGAAGUAUAUUGCAGGUCCUGGCCAGCGCUUACUGUUCGCACAACUACAUGUGUCAUUCGCGAAAGCAGCUUUAGCACAUUUAUUUCAAGACAAAUCUUGAUGGGCUGCAAGCUUGUGUUUUGUGUAAGUAGAAGGUCGAGACGGCCGCACAAGAUCCUUGACUCCCCGUUCCAUUAGAUUUUUUUGCAAGUGUUUUGAAAUGUACUAGUAAGCAAGCUCUAAUGGACCCUCUGCUUAAUUAUUUUGCAGUGUGGUCAGAAGGGAACAUCCCUCACUGAAAAGUAAUCUGUCAAGUAAACUGUCAUUAAGGAACUUAAGCCCUGCUGCCUUCCAGAGUCCGGUUUUACGACAAUGUAUAGACGCAUCCAGCGCUUGCAAAAAUUUAUUUCGUUUAAAAUUUGUCCAAUGUAUUGACUGUUUUGGUUCUCUUGGCUCUUGUAUUCAUACCUAAAAUCUUUCUUGGAAACCAUAAACUAAGCUGAUGACGUGAGACUAUUAGAUUGAAAUAAUUUGGAGAUUACGUGUUCUCGCACUACGAAAAUUUUACUUGUUUUAUUGUGGCGGCUUCAUGUUUUCAAGGGCAGUCCUUCAUACACUUGGAAGACGUCUGUUAUGACUCCCACUGUUCUGUAUUUAGAGUUGUGGAAUUUUUUUAGUGACGUGUGACAAACGCAUCUGCGCGAGCAAUGACAGGAAAUGUGAGAUGCAGGUUUUAGGCAUAUUGACACGCGCACUUGCACAUCUUCUUGUGAAUGCGCUUCACCGGCUUACAAUCGCCGGUUACCACUCAGUGCAUGACGCGCCUGCAUGCAUCAGAUGAUUCUCGAGGUUUCUUGUUGAUUAUAUAUUUUUUUCUACGUUCUAGUCAAACCUUGUAUAAUCAGAUUGCACGCGCGACGCUGAUACAGUCCUGCAUUCUGGAAGGCAUGCAAGCACCAAGGAUUGCGCUGGAAUCUUCGAUGAUUCAUGCGACGUUCGUUAGCCGUAAAUCUCUUGUUGGGUGAUCGACGCUUGUGCCCAUAACUAUCUUUCUGUCCGAGUGCAACUUGUUUUGUGGGUUCACGUUCGCCCAAUAAAGAGUAUUUCGGGGCA